AUGGGUAAGGAAGCCAAGUCUCACAUCAACAUCGUCGUUAUCGGCCACGUCGAUUCCGGCAAGUCGACCACCACUGGUCACUUGAUCUACAAGUGCGGUGGUAUUGACAGCCGUACUAUCGAGAAGUUCGAGAAGGAAGCCGCUGAGCUCGGCAAGGGUUCCUUCAAGUAUGCCUGGGUUCUUGACAAGCUGAAGGCUGAGCGUGAGCGUGGUAUCACCAUCGAUAUCGCUCUCUGGAAGUUCGGUACUUCCAAGUACGAGGUCACCGUCAUUGACGCCCCCGGUCACCGUGAUUUCAUCAAGAACAUGAUCACUGGUACCUCGCAGGCUGACUGCGCUAUCCUCAUCAUUGCCUCCGGCACUGGUGAGUUCGAGGCUGGUAUCUCCAAGGAUGGCCAGACUCGUGAGCACGCUCUGCUCGCCUUCACCCUCGGUGUCCGCCAGCUCAUCGUCGCUCUGAACAAGAUGGACACCUGCAAGUGGUCCGAGGACCGCUACAACGAGAUUGUCAAGGAGACCUCCAACUUCAUCAAGAAGGUCGGCUACAACCCCAAGACCGUUCCCUUCGUGCCCAUCUCCGGCUUCAACGGUGACAACAUGCUGGAGCCCUCCACCAACUGCCCCUGGUACAAGGGUUGGGAGAAGGAGACCAAGGGUGGCAAGGUCACCGGUAAGACCCUGUUCGAGGCCAUCGACGCCAUCGAGCCCCCGGUCCGCCCCGCCAACAAGCCCCUGCGUCUGCCCCUCCAGGAUGUCUACAAGAUCUCCGGUAUUGGCACGGUUCCCGUCGGCCGUGUUGAGACUGGUACCAUCACCCCUGGCAUGGUCGUGACCUUCGCCCCCGCCAACGUCACCACUGAAGUCAAGUCCGUCGAGAUGCACCACCAGCAGCUCAAGGAGGGUCUCCCCGGUGACAACGUCGGCUUCAACGUCAAGAACGUCUCCGUCAAGGAGGUCCGCCGUGGCAACGUUGCCGGUGACUCCAAGAACGACCCCCCUGCCGGCUGCGCUUCGUUCAACGCCCAGGUCAUCGUCCUGAACCACCCCGGUCAGGUCGGCGCUGGUUACGCGCCCGUUCUGGACUGCCACACUGCCCACAUUGCUUGCAAGUUCUCCGAGCUCCUCGAGAAGAUCGACCGCCGUACCGGUAAGUCGAUUGAGAACCAGCCCAAGUUCAUCAAGUCCGGUGAUGCCGCCAUCGUCAAGAUGAUUCCCUCCAAGCCCAUGUGCGUUGAGGCUUUCACCGAGUACCCCCCUCUGGGCCGUUUCGCCGUCCGUGACAUGCGCCAGACCGUUGCCGUCGGUGUCAUCAAGAGCGUCGAGAAGUCCGCUGGCGGUGCCGGUAAGGUCACCAAGGCCGCCCAGAAGGCUGGCAAGAAAUAA